AUGAGUGGUGACGCCACACUCGCCAUUGAGUCGCAGUCGUUCGACGAACAUUGGCUGGUUCCACUCACCGAGUGCGUUGACAGUCUGAAUAUCAGAGAGAACUCUGUUCAGCCUAUAUUCGCGCUGCCGCCGGAAAUCCUCGGAAAGAUAUUCAAGCAUCUCGCAAGGACCUAUGGCUUUGUCCGGUUCUACAAAUGGAUCGGGGUCUCGCAUGUCUGCACGCUCUGGCGCAGCGUUGCUCUGGAUGAAGCCACCCUUUGGAGCCAGUUCAGCAUCACUCCUCGCGUCGAGUGGAUGACUGAGUUGCUGAAGCGCUCGAAGCAGGCACCGCUCUUGGUUGCUGCGGAUUUCGACGAGGAAGAUUCUGCCAAGAGGAAGGCGUUUGAAUUCGUAGCCAAGGAGGCUGGAAGGAUUCGUGAAUUAACGCUGGUUGCACCGCAGGAUAUGCUAGACGACCUGAUGAGCGUCAUCGACAAUCCGAUGCCGCUGCUCCGUUUGCUCCAUGUGUCCGGAAUGGAGAACGAUUUUUCUAUCCCAGAGCCAUCCUCAGGCAUAUGGAUACGGUUAUUACAGCAAGCCCGGCCUCUUGAAACGCUGCACGUCAAACGAUAUGCUGUGCGGUGUGGCGACCUCGUCAUUCCCUCGCUCAAGCACCUCACGGUCGCAGAAUUACACAGCACAUGCCAAGCCAGCGUAUACGAAUUCCUCGAUAUACUCGAGAGUCUUCCUCUGCUUGAGGAACUGCACCUCGGCGGCGUCUUUUCGGAUAAUGAUACCGUAGAAAAAGCCAAUCCUCGCUCCUAUAACAAGACAAUUGCGCUCUCAAACCUGCACGCCCUGCACGUCGGCGCGGAUUUUGAAUCAUGCAUAUGUUUCAUGAAACAUCUCUCUCUUCCCAGUAUAUCUGCCCUUAGUCUGUCAUGCACGGGCUUGGAAGGCGGUUACGCUCUCGCUCGAUGUCUUGCCAGGAACCUGCCUGAGGCUUUCCUUUCCAAACUUUCUGCUGUUUGUCUCUCCCAGAAUAAACAUUCGGCUCGUGCGUACUUCCGUGAACAUGACAACAGGUUCAACGAGGAGGACGAGCAUGGUGCGGACGAGCACGAGCGGGGAGGGAAUGACGAAGAGGACGAAGGGGAUGGUGAAGGCGAUUAUAGUGGGGAAGAGUCUGAAGAAGAUGAAGGAGAAGAUGGAGAAGAGCUCGUAGAGCAAGAUGGUCACUGCACCCUCAAGGUAAUGUUCUGUCAACUCGGGGAGGUACAACAACGAACGAGACUCGGAUCAUUCCUUGAGCGCUUCACGCUUGCAGUCAAGGUGACCGCACUCUCCCUCAAACGUUUCCCACGCGCCCGCAGAGCGGAAUGGAAGAAUAUUCUCGCACCCAUGAAAGACGUGAAAUAUGCUCAUAUUGAAGGCAAAUCCAAAGCUGAUCGUGCACUGGUUGCGAUGAUCAUCUUCGAAGACGAAGACUGCUUGCUGCCCAAGUUGCACACCCUCGCACUCGAAAAGAUGAAACUCAAGGAUGAUUACACCGGAUCGCAUGAGCGGGAUAGUUUCGGAAUGCUGCGGGAAUGUCUGGAGAUGCGACGCGAGGUAGGCUUGGACAUCAAGAGAAUCAAAUUAACGCGUUGCAGCAAUGUGGUUCAAUGCGACAUCGACACACUCGGCGAGCUUCUGGAGACGGUGGGCUGGGACGGAAAGGUGCAAAUCGUCGAGCCAGUUCUAUGCUACGGACAGUAUAUGCACUGGAGUCCUUUCCCCCCCGACUCCAAUCUCAAGUGGUACGGUAGGCCGCCACGGCCAAGGCAGAUUGAUCCGUACUACUAG